AAAGGGAUGCUAUUCAUUUCACCGCGUCUGUGUUAACCCAUACCGUGUCUCUGAACUGUGGCGAGCAUUCCGCGGUGUAAACAAUUGCCGGAGAGGCUACUGCUGCUGGUGCUCUCCGAGACCCAAGCGAGUGUUUAUUAAUAGACCCCCCGCCAGAGCGUUAGAUGGCACACGUCUGUUCUCCGCCAGCACCAGUCUCUGCUCGGCGUUCUAGCGGCCAGGAUCGUACUGACUAAUUGCCCAGCUGCGGGCAAUGCAUAGUCGCCGUCGCCAUGAGCCGGCCAAUCUAUCAGCAGGAGCCGCGGGCACAGCCGCUAUACUACCACCAGCAGCGGCCAGCUAAUCUCCGACGCCUACGUCAUCCGCCGGGCAUUGUUUACGGGCGCAGCUACUCGCUCGAGGAGGAGCAGCACCUAACGGAUGAGGAUGUGAUACCCGUGUAUCCAAAAUUUAUCUACGCCCAACACCAGCAGCAGCAGCAGGGACGUCGGGCUCCUUAUCCUUAUCAGCUGGGGGAUUCGAUGACUUCGCUGGAUAGCGAUUUCACGGAGAAUAAUUAUUAUAACGGUGGCGCGUAUAUUGUGGAGCAACCGCCACCGCAGGUGCCACCCGCCGCCAAGAUGGUUCAGAAUCUCAAUGCAGUGGGCCGCAUUUUGGAGCUACUGCAGCGCUGUCCAUUGCCGUGUCUCUCCUUCAACACGACCUGCAUCUGUUCGCUGAUUGUCAUAUUUCUAGCCCCGCGUACUUGUGUACAGAGUUUACUGUUUCCCGCUUUCAGAUUGUUCUGCGGCACCCUGUAUCCGGCCUAUGCCUCCUACAAGGCAGUCAGGACCAAGGAUGUCAAGGAAUAUGUCAAAUGGAUGAUGUACUGGAUUGUCUUUGCAUUUUUCACCUGCAUUGAAACAUUCACGGACAUCUUUGUCUCCUGGAUACCCUUCUACUACGAGAUUAAGGUGGCCCUCGUCUUUUGGCUCCUCUCCCCGGCCACAAAGGGCAGUUCCACCCUGUAUCGCAAGUUCGUGCAUCCGAUGUUGACGCGCCACGAACAGGAGAUCGAUGAGUAUGUGAAUCAGGCCAAGGAGCGGGGCUAUUCGGCAGUUCUGCAGCUGGGCUCCAAGGGAGUCAACUAUGCCACCAAUGUCCUCAUGCAGACGGCCAUCAAGGGCGGUGGCAAUCUGGUGCAGACCAUUAAGCGAAGCUACAGCCUCAGCGAUCUGAGCGAGCCGGAUAUGCAUCGUACGCAGGACGAGCUGGACGAUGUUAUGAUGUCAUCGAUGAUGGCUUCAUCUGCCGUGGUGAUGCGCUCCCCGUCCACAGGUGGCCGUCUGCUGCGACCAAGGAAUCAGACACCCGUGGGCAGGUCCGGCAGCGGUACCCGUCAUUCCACGGGCAUGUACUUUACAGAGGUGGAUGUGACUGCCAAAAAUGCAGGCGAUUUUAACUACAACAUUCGCAGCCAGGAUGACAUCAGUUCCGGCUACUCGAGUGCUGAGCCUGUGAGCGGUCUCAGUCGCACCUCCUCUAUGACGAAUGCUUCCAAGGGUCGUGUCAAGUCUAAGCGCAAUGAGCAGUUGCUGGAGGAGGAGAUGAGGGACGAGGUGUUUAUGGAAAACCAGCUGUACUUUCAAGGUGUCCAUGGUGGGGAGCAUGCCGUUCCCAUUGUAAAAGAGCUAAAGAUAGUGGAGAGUCAAGAGAUGGAAGUGGAGGUAGAAGAGCAGAAAGAUGAAAGGGAUAUGGAAGAUGAGGAGGAUGAUUUCUAUGAGGCCUUGCCCUUAAUAGAAGAGGAGAAGAUCGUAGAAACCAAGCAGGAACUCACAGAGGCAGCUCCUGUAUUUGCUCCCAUUGAAGAGGAAGAGUUUGUGGAUCUGCCCUUUGAAGAAUCACCAGAGGAAGCGUCAAGUGAGGUGGUUUCCAACCAAACCAAAGAGCUUUUAAAGCAAGACAAAAACAAAAACCUAAAUGAAACUUCAGAAGUCGAUGAAGUGAAGGCUUCUCGGCCAUUCAAGUCGCAUAUUCUGCCACCCAUCGAUCCCUUUGUGCUAGUUCUUAGCGCUUCUGCAUCCGCACCAGAUCCAUUUCUCGUGGAACGACCCCGUCCGAUGUCGCCACGUGAAAUGCGAGCCACUUUGGAGGAGAUCAAGCACAGUUUCCGUGCUCAACUAGAGCCCGAACCACCCGACUCGGCCUCGCCUUCUCCAUUAAUGCGACCCAAGGCCAAUCAUGGCAAGGGCCGUGCUCCGGCACCGCCGCUUCCGCCGCCUCUGCCACCUAAAAGGCAUUCACUGAGCCCACAGCCGGACACCAUCAGCCAGACAUCGACGGGCAGCGUGGAGCGCAAGUCAGGUAUCGGCCAAAUGUUCAAGCAUAUCAAAGCUAAUGUGCUGCGUAACAAAGCUAAUCCCAGCCAGCCGCCACCGCCGGAGGAUGAGCAGCAGCUGGCGGCCAGAGAGACGCAGAUAUGAUGAAGACAAAUCCAUGUCUGCUAGCUACACUACCUUGCCGCGGACCAGUAGCAGCCGGAAAACGGAUAGAAUCCAGGGAUCGGGCGGAACUGCCAACACCGGACAGGCCAAAACACGGA